AUGCAGUUUCACAUCAUUUUCGUUGUUUUCUUCACAGUCAUCAUAUUUUCCAACUGCCAUGUUGACGAUCCGCCCAACAUCGAUAAAGUGUUGCUUAAAACCGUCAAAAGAUACGAGAAAGAACUUCGUGAUUUGAGUAGUGAUAGACAUUUUGGCGAUAUUUAUAGAUGCACACACCCACUCAUUGAAUACAUCUUUAGAGAACAACGCCAUCUACAAUACUUCGAAGGAAAUGUUAAUAUUUCAUUUUUUCAAGCUUUGAGAGCAUCAAAAUAUGUUUUGUUCGAUGGGUUUGAUAAGAGUCAAGUCCCAAAAAUGAAAAAGUGGAUGAAUGGUGAUAUUGAUGUGACAUACAGAAAACAGCCAGAUGGUCGAUUAUUUUAUUAUGAUUUGGAAAAGAAUGAUAAAUGUCCGUUCAAUUAUGUUAUACGAAGUUACACACAUGAAUGGAGAUAA